GUUGUCAUUUUCACGUGUUGAGUUUGUAAAGUUUAUUUUAUCAUCUUAAAAUAUUAUUCUAAUAUAAUAAAAAUGGGAAAGAAAAGGAAAUUCAUAGCCACAGAAGUACCUAUUCAAAAUUCUACACCAGUAGAAGUUGUGGUAGAAAAUGUGUCCAAGCACCCACUUUGCUUGCAUGGACCUACGUUGUUGUUUUCAAGUGAAAAAGGAAGAUACUUUGCAUGUGCUUCUUGUCGGAACAAAAAAGACUGUACUGUGCACAUCGAUGAAGAAGACUGGAAUAAAGAGAGUGUAAAAAAGAGGAAUGAAAAGUAUCGUUCACUUAUUCCGAAGCUUAAUAAGGCUGUGGCGUGGGAUCAAUUGAAAGAGGUGAAAGCAAGGCAUCCAUCAGAUAGGGCCUACUGCAAUACCUGCAAAGAGUUGUACAUAAUAUCUCAAAGCAGGAAACAUGUGAAGGAUCACAGGGUAGUGAUGCCGUUAACUGAGGACCAGCUCUCACACCCUACAUCCUUCCUCCCCCCACUUGAGGACGACCAGAAAGAAGCACAGUACAUAUUUACAAAGAAAUCUGUUAGCACUGUCUUGGGGAUAAUGAAAAACAAUAAAUUAAGAAAUGCUCUGUGUAUAGGGACUCCGUCAAUCCAUGAAGCAGCACAAGAACAUCCCGACUAUGACUCUCUGCUUUUAGAUUUUGACACACGUCACCACUUGUUUUACCCACCCAAUAAGUUUCUGUGGUACAAUAUGUUCAAUAAUUAUAUUUUUAACGGUAGUGAAGAUAUGAAAGUGCUUAAGAAAUUUUUCAAAGAUUCUAAAGAUAAAGGCAUGUGCAUAGUAUUAGACCCACCAUUUGGAGGUCGCGUGGAACCAAUAAUACAAACGAUAAGAGAACUCUCUGAUUUAUACAGUAAAGUUUGUGAGACAGAUUAUAAAAUUUUGCCUGUCAUUUGGGCUUUCCCAUACUUUGCCGAGCCUUACAUUACUAACAUGAUGCCUGAGAUCAGGAUGCAUGAUUAUAAGGUUGAAUAUCAAAAUCAUAAAAAAUUUCAAAAUAACAAAGGAGGUAGGAAAUUUGGAUCACCCGUGCGUUUCUUCACAAACCUACCGUUUUCUACCAUAAACCUCUCCAAUGAUAGCAGCUACAAGCACUGUCCUAAAUGCAAAUACUGGGUGUCCGUCUUUAACACGCAUUGUAAUAAAUGUAAGGAGUGUACAAGUAAAAAUGGAAUGACUUAUAAGCACUGCGACACAUGCAAUAAAUGUGUGAAACCAACGUUUGUACACUGUGAGACUUGUAGACGGUGCUGCCAGGAGAAAGGACACGUUUGUGGCACAGUUGUUGAAUCACAGUCAUGUUACAACUGUAACGAAAAAGGCCACAAGAAGUCUGAGUGUCCUCAGCUAAACGGCGAAACUACUAAGAAUAAGAAAAAACGUAAAUCCAUUAAGAAAUAAUUGUAAUAUAUUUAAUAUGGAAUAAAUUACAUAAAAAUCAA